GUCAUCAUCCGUCAUCAUCAUUCUCGGAGUGGCCAUUGUCUGCGGCGGUUCAGUGCCGUGUUGUUCUCACUUGGUUCGAUUCGUCAUCGCUUUUUUCUCAAGUGUAUCGCUGUUUGAGAUUUGUUUUCGAACCCACAAACGCAGUGAAUGCGUUUUCCCAAGGGUUAAACCAAGAAACUGGAAGUGUACCACACGAAAUAGACAAACUUCACCGGUGCAAGCAAGCGAAAGCAAAUUUUACCCCCCGCAACAAGAUGGCUGAUCAAGACACCAAUGGAUACAACGAUGAGGCGAGCGAUUUCAAGCGCAAGAACAACAAAAGCCAGGAACACGACAGCGAGCUGGAGGAGGAUCGCGAUUCCCAGCAGCAAUCACAGAAGGCCCAGGAAUACAUCAAAGGAAUGAUUGCUGAACGGAUAGGCAUCGAUCGGAAGUAUCCGAUUGCCGAUCGGCUGCUGGAAGUGGAAAUCGAAAACGUCCAGAAAUCGGGUAAACCGCCGGCACGGCGGUAUAUUGAUAUUUAUCGCGAGAAGCAUAUUAAGGUCAGCGUUAAGGUCUUGGUGCCAGUGAAGGAACACCCGCGAUUCAACUUUGUGGGUAAGCUUCUCGGUCCCAAGGGGAACACACUGAAGCGACUCCAAGAGGAUACGCUCUGUAAGAUGGCCAUUCUCGGCCGAGGCUCGAUGAAGGAUCGCAAAAAGGAGGAAGAGUUGCGUUCGGGAAUGGAUCCCAAGUAUGCCCACCUGAACGACGAUUUACACGUUGAGGUGAACGCCAAUGGUCCACCGGCCGAGGUUCACGCUCGCAUCGCUUAUGCUCUAGCCGAACUACGCAAGUAUCUGAUUCCGGACAGUAACGAUUUUAUUCGCCAGGAGCAGAUGCGAGAGCUUAUGGAGGAUGCCGAAAGUGAGGCUCCACCAAAGAAACCAUUCAAAAAGCCAAUGCCCGUUGAGACACCGCCUCCGCCGCCACCGAUUGCCGUGUCACGACCUGUUCCGGCACAGAAAAAGGUGCUAUCCAUAUUGGAUAAAGCUCGAGCUGCCAUGGAGGAUACCCAUGGACCCAGCAGUUUUAGGCCACCUCCACCCCAACGAUACGAAGAGCCCGCCUAUGAUCAUGGAUACGAACCGAGUUACGCGUAUCACCCACAAGGACCACCCCCACCACGGGCCAAAUAUGUUCCCGAAGCGCCUGAUUACGAACAAGAGUACCGUCGUGAGUACUAUCGAGAGCCGGCGCCCUAUGCAGCCGCUGCGAAGCCGGCCCCCGUCAACCCCAUCGGUGGCCGUCCCUGGAAGCCGUCGUCUUACGCAGGGCCACCGCGGGGUGGCCACGCCGAGGAGGUCCCAAUCAAACAUGGUGUCCGCGAAGUAAUGCCCCGCUAUCGUCACGCACCGUACGCUCGUCCCACGAAGUAAAACCCGCAAAAACCAACAACAACAAAACGAAUUGAAAUAAAGAUGAAUCGCUGAACUCUGUAAGAACUUUGAAAAAAAAAACCAUUUAUAACACAAUAAAUAAAUAAAAAUGAAAGCAACUGUGCGCAAAGCUGUAUCGACUACCCAACCAAAGGUUAAAAAGUUUUAGAAAAAAACAGCAGAACGGUUCCAUUUGAAUUUGAAGGUCGUUAUUUUUUUUUUUAUUUGGCUCGAAUUUUGCAGAUGCAUUCCUUAUGACCAAAAAAGACAAUUUGUAUCAUCGGUUUGCCAGUUUGACUCUAACUUUGCCUUUAAGAAGGACCUAAACAAAAAUUGCUUGGAAGAAAAUGUAACUCAGAAACGGUGUCUUCCGCAGUGUUCCAGUUUAUCAUUUGGGAUAUACAGUGAUGGUGAAAAUAAUAAAUACACUGAUGGAGUAAGGCCUUUUUUCAUGUUUGCGUACCGUUUUUAGUUGCCGGAUGCUGUGAUAAUAAGGCUAAGCUGACAUUGGCUCGGAGUGCCAAGGUGACAAUUAGUACUACCACUUUUCCGCAUCCAGUGUCACCGCCGCCCAAGUCAUAACGAACCGAGAUGAAGAAUAGGAGGUGGGAAGAUUCACGGGUUUCGGUUGUGUUGAACUUUGAUUGUAUUAGUAGCCAGGAAGACAGGAAGUUCACAUACCAAGGCAUACCAGUCAGUUACUCAAAUGGUACAAAAUUGAAUGUGUCAACGACUAACGUUGGAAGAGGAUAUACAGAAAUUAAUUACAUAUUUCCAAAAAAUGUUUUUCGCAUUAUGAAGAAAAAACAAAACAUGUCACGAACUGAAAUGUUUAAGUUUUUCUUUGAUUUCGUCUUUUAUCAGAAAUAGUAUUCCAAUGUCUACCAUGUUUGGAUUUUAGAGAAACUUCGUAGAAGUUUAUCUCUUGUCAGCAAUUUUAAUUACUUUUUUUCACAAUUAGGGUGCUGAACACUUCAUUCGUCUAAAUCGAAGAUGCAAGCGGAAAACUUUUCGUCUCAAUCUAGGUCAUACGGAGUCAAUUAAAUUUAUUUUUCAAGUGCAACCUUUUUCCCAUGCUCUGUGAAAAGUUUCUCCGUCAAUGGAACAAAAGAUUCUGUAACUCUGGUUUUGUUCAUUUACGUUUUUGGUAGACCUGACGAGAAGUAAAAUUGAAUUGAAAUUAAGUUUAAAACAUCUCAAUAAUACUGAAAUUUCAGUUUCUGCUAAAAUGUCAUUUGGGCCCUUAUGAUGCUGAACGCUUGCAUUGAUAAAAGAAAAAAAGGCUAGUCGUUCAUUUCAUCUGCUUUCAAUAACAACACAUUUCUUAUGUACUGGACUAUUAUAAGAAAAGUAAAAUACAUAAACAAAAUCUGUGACGUCACAGAUAAAAAAAUCUUCCCACUUUUCAUUUUCCAGCUCGACAACGAACUGCGAGAACCCUAUUCGAUAGGGGAACGGAGACAUAAUCGACAUUUAUCUGUGUUAGUGACACCGAAAGUUUUGAUGUAGGACUACGUCUAACCUUUCAAUAUAGGGGUCCAUUUCAAUAUUUCGGUGUAAAAAAAUUUGUUGAACGCUGAUACCUCCUCAAUUAAUAAAUGGAUUUUGGUUCCAAAUACACACAUUGAAAGGAAAUAGCCUCAGCAAUUGUUUAUAUGCUACACAUUAAGGUUUUUCAGCUCAUAUAAAGUUCAAAUUGAUGAAAAUUUGGAAGAAAGAAUUCCCUACUUUCCCAUACAUUUUGUCUGCACUCCCGCAGCAAACAGCUAUUCGUUACGAGCAACCACGGGUACCGGCGAAACGUAUGAAGGAGGAAGACAAAAAAGAGAUUAUAAAUAAAUAUAGGCGGUCUCUACAACGUUAAUUAUAAAGUGAGCGAUGGUGGGGCUUGGCCACAUUCUGUCAUCGGACGCCAAGCAGGAAAGACGUUAUCUUGAAAUUAAUUUUCAGCAUAAGAGAUAUCGCUGCAUUUGCCGGGGAUGUAUGCGGUGCAAUACCGCAAGAGUGAGAGACAGAAGUUUCAAUGGGAUGUGGAGCAGAAGAGCCUAUCGAACUGUGUUAAAAGCGGUGGAAGCGUCGCGCCGGGUGAAUGAGUGGCCAAUCGCGCUCGAUUUGAUAGAAUGCUGGAGUUUUUAAACAGUUUUAUUUAGCUGUGACAUAUUUGUAUGUUUGUACGUAACAUGUUUGUCUAUGGCGCUGUACCACAUUAAUUGAAAUUUGACCCCUUUCCUGUUGAUCGGUGAUCUGAAAUUUGGAACACAUCUUUAUCACUGCAGUCAUUAUAAAACUGCAUAUUUCAUGAUCUUGAAAAUCCAAGAUGGCGACCGCUACAAAAUGAUGGAUUAUAUAUUUUCUCAAAGCCCCAUCAAUAUGGGUAUCAAAUGAAAGGGAUUGACUAGAAGAACACAGUUAUUUAUAAAAAAUGCAAAUCCAAAAUGGGCGCCACCACAAAAUGCAGGAUUACAUAUUUUCUCUAAACCCCAUCAAUAUGGGUAUCAAAUGAAGGACUUUACUAGUAGAACACAGUUAUUCAUGAGGGGUGCAAAGCCCAAUUAUAUCACGAUACCAGACGGUAAAUUCCUAUUACGAUAUGCUUGCCAUCAAGUGUGUGUUCGUUGCCGGCUGAACAAUAACCCCUACAACAUUUACAAGACAAAUUUUGUUUUUUUCGUAUUUGAAUCUAAGCGUUGAGUGUUUGCUUGGUGCUGACGUUUUAUUUUAUCAUUUGAUUUUUUUCUGUAAUUUUGUACAUGAGAAGUUGGUCAUUCUGGGAUCUGUGCUCCAUGAUAUUCGAAUAAUGGACACCCCUUGGUGUAGUCCUACGUCUCUCCGGUUAUGUCCACGACAUUACCCACCCGUCUUUUUCUUUUUGUGGAAACUAGUGUUAUCCAGGUGGCGAAAAAAAUAAGUACACAUUAUGAAAAAAAAAUCAACCAUACUUUAUUUGUGUACAUAUCAAUACAAAAGUUACUUUUUACGUUACAAAAUUCACUUUCAAUAUUUCCUGUCAUGUCCUUUGUUUUGUAGAACCAUGUUCAAUCUUCGUGGAACACUUGCCAUUAGUUUUUCACAAGUAGAACCUGAAAUAGUAUACCACGCUGCCUGUACGACGUUCCAUAAGUUUGUUUCACAACAAUCUUCACAAUCUUCCAUAGAUUCUCUAUAGGGUUUAAAUCUGGAGACUGUGCUGGCCAAUCCUACAGUUUUGUAUUUUCGUUUGCAAAUCAUUUUCGAGUUUUCAAUGCUGUGUGUUCGGGAUCGUUGUCCUGCAUAACGAUCCAACGAAGUGACAUGUUCUCUUCGUCAUACGGAAGCAUCACGUUACGUAAAAUAUCCGAAUAGUCGUUUGCAUUCAUCGACCCUGUUAGCAAAUGAAUUGUUCCUACCCCAGCAUCAGAAAAGCAGCCCCACACCAUUAUGUGCGCACAUCUAAAUUCUACUGUUGUCUUGGUGAAUCGUAGAUUGAGGGCAGUAUUUACGGGUCUUCUACCGGCCAUCUGGACCAAAAAGGUUAAAUUUACACUCAUCCGACCAUAAUUCCAAGAAUGGAAUUAUUUAGUUCAAACAUUUGGAAGCAUUGAUGGCAAAUAAAUGAAUUCACUUCCACUGAGUGUGUGGCGCGAAAGUUUCGCGAUGCGAUGAAUCGCCAUUUUGAGCAGAUUUUCGAAAUAACUCAGAAAAUCCGAACCGUAUCGGGUGUGUUGUGGUCACGUCGACAGCAUUCGCUGCGGAACAAAUUUCAAUUCAUCUUCAGUUUUCCACCGAAGAACGCAGCUAUUUUUAUCAUUAUCAUUACUACAACAAUAAAUCCUGAAAUAACGGAAAUUCUCUUCCAGAAAAAAAUCAAUUCGAUUUAGAUUACUUAAGAUAUUAUUUAAGAAUGCAUCGGAUUUUGUUAAAAUAACUCUUUGGUCGAAAGCUUAAGUCGCCUUGAAAAGGACCGAUGCGUUUACAAGGUUUUGUAGAAGCAGUUGAAGAUGGGUUAUUCAUGAUUCAAUGAGUCAGAGGCGACGCGUGACCAAAUAAGCUAUCUGUUCAAUCAACAAUGGUGUGUGUGUUUUCUAUCGUUUCCAUCGGCUUUGUUCAGCUGAAUACUUUGAACCAGAGCUUGGAAACAUUGAGCUUGUUAAGUAAUAUUGAAAAUAAUUUUUUAUCAGUGAAACGCGAUUAUUUUGCUUGUCGAUGCUGCUGUCAUUCAUUCGACGUCCAACAAAUUUACAACUGUGUUCAUUCAUAUUCAUUCUGUGCUGCCUGAGCUUCCAUUGAAGUUCGAGUCAUGAGAAUUCAUUCACAUCUAUUCAAUGUCAUUGAAUUGUCAGGAAUGUUGUGACUGUUCAUUUUCAAUAUCCCGAAAAGUGUGUGAUUUUCUCAUUGAGACAGUGCUUUGCGUGUUCAGAUAUUUUUGAAGUUACUCCGAAAAGACAACGCAAAUCGUUGGUGCAAGCGGAAAUGCUAAAAAAAGAAUUGCUAAGGGCUAAGGAUUGCAUAGGAAACAUUCUGAAAAAUCGAUCCGAGUAGCAAUUUUAAACUUCGUCAGCCAGAGUUGGGUGUUGGCAUUUUCAUUCGCCAUUCCUAUAACACAGUUUGACUCGUCUGCGAAAAAAAGCUCGAAUUAUUCCCAAUGCGGUCUAUAUGAAAUUUUUUGGUUACGCGAUCUUUGGUCUUUUUUAAACCUUAUCUGCUGUUUAAUUUUCAUCAUAGAACAAAAUAUAGCUAUACCUAUUUGACCCAUAUUCCGAACAGACUCAAAUUCCGAACACUUCAUUCUGAAAACUAAAUUUAUUGAAUAUCAAUGAUAUAAAUAAUUAGAUAAUGAAAACCGCGAUAUUCUUUACAAUAUACCCUUCAGUAUAACAAAAUUUAUAGGUAUGGAAACAACAUUAAUGAAAUUAAGUGUUCGAAAUUUGAGUCAAAAUGGUACUUUUCAUAUCGUAAUUGGAGUGGUUUGAAGCAUUUCUGACAAAUGGAAUUGUAAUUGCAUAUUCACUGUGUAAAAUGAAAACAUUUUCACUUAGACGAAAACCAUGCUUGCUUGAACAAUUUAAAAACGCCUCUUUCUCGGUUUACAUUGUCGACUCCAUCACACUCCGCAACGCUAUCCUAAUUUGUUGUCACUAUUAUGAGUUUUUUGUACUUCCUUAUCUUCCUCAACGAAUUUCACCGUUUGGUCAGUGUCCAAGAACGAUGUUGAUAUUGAAUGAUCUGGUAUAUUAAUAUCAAUGAAUGACAAAACUAGAGAUAUUUCCUGUUGCUCGCAUUCCGUGAACGCAGAGCAGAACGAAAAAGAAAAUGAACGAAACCGAAUGAAUCAACUGUGAGUGGCCUGCUGUGGUUGUGAGGCUUGGCGUUUGUUCAUUUUCGUUAUCCUGAAUGCAAUGGGCUAAUGAUCGAAUGUGGUCUGAAAUUCAGCUGAAAAUAUUGAUGCGGAAGAGAUAUUUCCAAGCACUACUUUGAACCUCUAAUGUCGUUUUUACCAAGACGGCGUCUUAGUAGUAGUGAUGGCUUCAUACAUAGCUGACUGCGUUUCCCCUGUCUCGCUUGAAGAUGCAGAAUAGUGUUUGAAUGGCGGCGGUUCAGAUGACAGGUUUGAACUCGGUAGUCAUUACUACUUAUUUCGUAGUGUUGUGUUGUAUUGCUUGCGGGUUGUGUGGUGUAAUCAAAUGCAGUCAUCAGAUUAUAUUAUUCACGGUGGAGAAAUUUCACCCAAACAGAUAAGAAAUUAAAAAUAUUCGGAAUAAUGAGUAAAUUACAGAUAAAUUACUUUCGUUCAUUCCUCAUCCAUGCUACGAAUGUGAAAAAAUAAAAUAAACAUUUUUGAUUUUUUUUUCUGAGAUUGUCUACCUGUCCUGUGAACAGUUUGAACAGGCGCACGAGACGCUAUUGUGACUGAUUUCUGUUCACACGAGAUUUGUGUCCUUAUUGCCAAUGCACGUAGCGUACUCAGUAUGCUUCAUGAAUAUCGAUCACAUAUUUGUUCCCCCGUCACCGUUAUCUAUUUGAUAACGCAUGAAAACAACAAUUCGUACACGUGAUUCAAUCAUACACAACCAAUCUCCAUAUAACGACAUGAAAACAGACGCGGUCCUAUUUAAUAUUUUUCUUCUUCCCUUCGGUGCAAGGUCUGUACUAUGCUUAUUUUACGCAUAUUCUGAGAAUGAAUUCAAAGGCAACAUAUUUUGCAGGUCCGUUCAACAAAUAAAUAGAAACUGAGGUUUACCAGGGCUAACACGAUAUUUAAGUGCUUUCACGGCCAUCCGACGACAUGCAUCAACCGUUGACCAAUCUUGAAUCCUAAAAUGAUGGAGUACAAAAUUACGGAAACACUCCACCAGACGGCAUGAAAAUCGAGGCGGUCCCUCCACUGAACAAAAUUGCACUACUGUGUGCGAUAUCUAUCUUUUUGUUGUGUCUAACAUCAGCAUUGAGAAAGACUGCUAGCUGGAGCAAGACUAUGACUUGAUGAUGAUCAUGGUUUGAACUAUAGAGGCUUUUAUAUUGGGUUAGGGAAAAAGAAAUGUCGUAUUUCUGAUCGAAAUUUGACGGUUUAUUUAACAUACUUGAAAUUAUCCAAUUUAAGUCAAAUAUGCACCGUUUUGUUCGCAAACUUGUUGCCAUUUAGAAGGCAACUUCAUUAUCCCCCCCCCCCCCCCCCCCCUCCUUAUUUGCAAAAAAACUCUGGCAGCCAGUUUUCGCAAGCCUCUUUUGAUGCCAACUUAUAACCAAGAGCGUUUUGCAUGGACCGGAAGAGAUGAUCAUCACUCGGAGCCAGGUCCGGACUAUACGGUGGGUGCAAUAGAACAUCCCAUCCGAGCUCCCAUAGCUUCUGGCGGAUCAUCAAAGAUGUGUGAGGCCGAGCGUUGUCCUGGUGGAAAACAACACCAUUCCUAUUGAUCAUUUCUGGCCGCUUCUGGUCAAUCGCCUGCUUCAAACGGUCAAGCUGCUCACAGUAGAGAACCGAGUUGAGGGUCUGGCCAUAGUUGAGCAGCUCAUAGUGGAUGAUUCCCUUCCAAUUCCACCAAACACACAGCAAAACCUUCCUGGCCGUCAAUCCGGGCUUGGCGAUGGUUUGGGCCGGCCCACCGCGCUUCAACCACGACUUUUUUUCGCUUUAGGUUGUCGUACGUGAUCCACUUUUCAUCACCAGUCACCAUCUUCUUCAAAAAUGGGUCGAGUUCGUUCCGUUUCAGCAGUGCAUCGCAGGCGUUGAUUCGGUCUCAAAGAUUUUUUUGCGUCAACUCGUUUGGCACCCAUACAUCCAUCUUUUUUUUGAAUCCAAUCUUCUGCAAAUGGUUCCAAACGGUUUUAUGAUCUAUACCCAGUUCCUGGCCAAUCGAGCGAGUGCGCACAUGCCGGUCUACUUGGAUGAUUUCAACGAUUUUAUCGGUUUCCACGACGAUUGGCCUACCAGUACGGGGUGUAUCUUCGACAGCCACUACACCAGAACGAAAUCGAUCAUACCAACGCUGUGCUGCGCGAAUCGUUACACUAUCAGGUCCAUAAACUACACGAUUUUUUUUCGGCCGCCUUCGUUGCAGUUUUACCUCGCAGGUAGUGAAAACGUAAAAUAUGGCGAAUUUCUUGCUUGGUGGACUCCACCUUUGACGCGCUAUAACUUGAGACUGAAAAGGACAAUCACAACACUGUCAAAACGACACUUUUAGCACACAUUGUCGUCUUUAAAUAGCCGUGUAGUAUGACCCGAUGCGAUAAGUACAACACAAGAUAUGUUUAAGUGUUGUCAUGUAUUGACAAUAUACGACAUUUCUUUUUCCCCAACCCAAUAUUUCUCAACUCAUUCGCCUCUAGUCUUGAAGAAGGAUUGGAAAACAAUUUGAGAAACUAAACUAAAUUCUCGAACAUUCAGGAAAACUUCGCUGCCAUCUGGUCGCUAUCUGAAUGACUGAUGAAUCGUGAAUGCUUUGAAAUCGCGAAUAACUUGUUCAUACACAAUGAAUUGAAAAUGAACGGAGCGUAGUUUGCAAUACUUUCUCUAUCCACAUUAUCCGUAGAAUGAACGCUGCAUUUGCUAUUUCUAUUUCAUAGAAACGUGUCCUGUUUUCUGAUUUUGCACCAUGACAGAAAGGCGUAGUCUGACUUAAAAAAAGAGAUAAUGAUUUCUCAGGUUUUCUUUAUACAAAAUAGUUCCAAAUAAAGUAACACCAGAUGGGCCAACCAUGAGAGCCUGCUGGGCCGCAGGUUGAGUAUAGCUGUCCUAAGGCAUCGCAGGGCCUUUGACGCAAAUAUUCUGUUUAUUCGAGCGGUUUUUACGCGGUUUAUUUUACGCUGAUUUCGAAAUUUACAUGGUUUUUUUACGCGGGUUUUGUUUUGUACUGAUUAGAAGCUGGGAAAUAAAAGAAGAAACAGAUAUGAUCGAUUGUAGCAUGCAAAACAAAUUUAAUUAAUGCUUUUUUUUGCGCGGAUUUUAUAAUUUACGCGGUUUUGUGUUAUGCGGCACGUAUCCCUCGCGUAAAAAGCGUCUCCAGUGUAUAUACUUUCUCCACGCAACCUGAUGCAAAUGGUCGUUUUCGGUCAUAAAGAAUGCGUCUGUAAAAUUUGAGCCAAAUCAAAAAAUUCAAAAAUAAAACGUAGGAAAAAAAUCGUGAUUUGCGGUGGAACAGCUCUGCAAUGCCUCAUGUUUUAAUUGAGUGUGGAACGAACCAAGUGGUGACUGUACGACAAAUAGUGGAGGAGGAGUAGAUCACGAAAAGGAGCAACUUUAACAGAACAAUAAAUAACAAGAGAAAAUAUGUAUCACAUUUUGGAAGAAAGAUUGAACAUUUAAUAUUAACGUCUUUAAACACAAACCAAUAUCACUUUAAAUCAUUUAAUCUUGAAGCGAAAAAAAUAUAAGACACUGUAUCGAUAAACAUAUUUAAACCUAUACUGAAAAUGCAAAGCGAUAUGCUGAAUUAAUAUAAUAAAAGUGAAAGAAUUAUUCAAAUAAAGUAAACAUAACGUAACUCUUGUCGCUUAAUAAAGAAUCGUUGAUUAUGUAUCGUAUCUUAAACUGGUGAUCGAAGUAAAAUCACAACAACCAACAAAAUACAUAAAUUGCUGCGAAUUAUAACCCUUGUUUAUCAAUUUGAUGGGAAACCAAAAUAAUCCAAAUAAUGAAAAAACAUUUGUAUUUUAUUCGAGAUGAAAAUCUUUUAAUUUAUCAAAUAUUACUUUAAAAAUCAAUCGAAUGAAGAUUGUAGCUUAGUUCAGAGUAGUCAUAGCUUAGUUGUUGAGGAGAAAAAAAGGUGCGAACUCUUUGGGAACUAAUUGGAAAAUGAUAACAAAAGUAGUCGCACUGCACACAUAUAAUUGUAUUAUAUUCAGUCUUAGUAAUUGAGCAGAAUAUCAUAAGCAACAACAGAAAAAAAACAAUAACAAAAAUGAAAUACAUUAAAUAAGCAUUAUAUAAACCAGUUGUUACAAAUAAAUAAAAAAAUAAGCAUUUCAACAAUACAAAGCAUUGGGUUAAAAUAAAAACAAAUUGGAUUUUUGGCAAAACAAACAUAAUGCAAGCGCAGAAAAAAAAACCAAAAGAAAAUCAACUUUGCGAGGAAAUAAAAGCGGCCAAAUAUUACCGCUGAUCAAUAUCGUAAGAAAAGUAAACAUUAAAAAGAACAAAUAUGCUUCUAAUUCUUCAGCUAUUUAAUAAUCAAUCAAUAUGUAAAAAUAUUAAUGAAAAAAAAUACACAAGAGAAAAAGCGAAAAGCUUAACAAAAUGAGGAAUAAAGUCUCCAGUCUCGAAAGAUA